AGCUGUCUGCGUGAGCGUUAGGUCUUUCUCAUUUUCCCAAUGACACCUGUUGCUCCAGCUUCCAUGAGCGGCAGCGUUGGCUGAAGGCGGGUGGAGUAAGAGAGACUCUGGGAAUACUCUAGGCCACGUUUGUAAAUACAGCUGUUUCAAUCUUAAGGUGCGGUGCUUUAAAUUUCCUUUUUUUGGGGUGUAAAUAUCGAGAUGAAAGUGACGGUGACUUUCGGAAGGACUGGUGUCGUCGUUCCAUGCAAAGAAGGAUGGACCGUUCGGGACCUGAUCCAACAAGCCACCCAGAGAUACAAAAAGAUUUUGGAACAGGAGGGAGACUUUGUGGUCCGGAUCCACCAUGUGGAGUACUGCGACGGGGGCAUCCUGGACCCGGACGACGUGCUGACCGAUCUGGUGGAGGACAGAGACAAGCUGAUCGCUGUGUACGAGGAGCAGGAGGCCCAGCAGAGGGCGGCGGUGAGUCCUGGUGGCAGCAGCGUGACGGGACGCCCCAGCCCGGACCCCUACGACUCCGAGCUGUCUGUCUUCCAGCCAAUCAGAGGAGGCGAGAUAGAGGUCAACUCCUCCGCCCUGAAAUCCAAUACCCCUCUCCUUGUCAGGAGCAGCAGCGACUCCGCCCUGAGCCCCCCGUUUGAGACGGGAUCCCCCCAGCCUGAGGAUGGCAGCGGCAGGCCCACGCCGACGGGAGUGGCCCACGCGCUGGCCGACAGGGGAGGAGCUGACGACAGGACCAGGGGCGAUGCGCCCGCCGCCAAAAUGAGCCACAUCACUCUCAACAAGCUGACGAGGACAGUGGACAUCUCUGGAGAGCAUGGGCCUCUGGGGAUACAUGUGGUGCCAUACUGCUCCUCCCUGAGUGGACGGUCCCUGGGCCUCCACAUUCGUGGCGUGGAGGAGAACAGCCGCUCCAAGAAGGAGGGCAUCUUCCAGGAGGAUGAGUGCAUUGUCAAAAUCAAUGACACAGAAUUAAUGGACAAAUCCUUUGCGCAGUCACAGGAAGUGUUUCGACAGGCCAUGUGCUCCCCCUCGGUGCGCCUGGAGGUCCUGGCCGUUCACAACAAGGACCGCUACGAGAAGAGCCUGAUCGGCCAGCUCUUCAAUCUGGAGGGCCCGGACGGGGCCCCCAAGGUCAAAGUGCCCCCGCCUGUCAAGGCAAAGCCCGAGGUGAAGCGCGCCGACUCAGGGGCCAGACCCGCCGAGCCCGCCGCACGACCGGGCGACGCCCAGGGCGUCCCGCACCCGCCGGGCCUCGCGGCCACGCCCCCGAGGGCGAAAAGCGACAGCCCCAUCCCGAAGAAGAGCCCCGCCCUGCCCCCCAUCGUGAGCCUGGCCGGCAAGGGCAAGGGCAGGAAGCUGAGGAUCGACCUGAAGAAAGGUCCAGAGGGUUUGGGUUUCACGGUGGUGACCAGAGACGCCUCUGUACACGGGCCUGGACCCAUCCUGGUGAAGAACAUCCUUCCUCGCGGAGCUGCCGUCAAAGAUGGCCGCCUGCAGUCGGGUGACAGGAUCCUGGAGGUGAACGGCGUGGACAUCACGGGCCGCACGCAGGAGGAGCUGGUGGCCAUGCUGCGCAGCACCAAGCAGGGCGAGACCGUGUCCCUGGUGGUGGCCCGGCAGGAGGAGGUGUUCCUGCCCAGAGAGCUGAAAGGGGAAGAGGCUGGCCUGCAGUUGUCAGAGGAGGGCAAAGAGCAGCUGAUGUUUGAGGUUCCUCUGAAUGACUCUGGAUCAGCCGGACUUGGCGUGAGUCUGAAGGGGAAUAAGUCCCGGGAGACUGGAGCUGAUCUGGGAAUCUUCAUCAAAUCCAUCAUCCAUGGCGGAGCAGCUUACAAGGACGGCCGCCUGCGCGCGAACGACCAGCUGAUCGCGGUGAACGGGGAGUCGCUGCUGUCGAAGUCGAACCACGACGCCAUGGAAACGCUGCGCCGCUCCAUGUCCAUGGAGGGGAACCUGCGGGGGAUGAUCCAGCUGGUGGUGGUGCGCGUGAUGGACCGUUCCGGAAAGGAGAACCAGGAGACAGCGAACACUCCAAAGCAGGCCUCAGACACACCUCUGACGCACCCACCUACGACCAGCAAAUCAAACGGCCCCGCCCAGCCCCCCAUGGUGUCCAACGUCAUCUACGGGAAAGCCGGAGCAUUCAGCGUGACGAACGGGAGCCACGACAACACGCACGAGGAUGAUGAUGAUGAAGAAGACCUCCCCCCUCUUCCCCCUCGACUUGCUGAGGAUAUGGACUCCGGCCCUCGCCACCUGUACUCCAAUCACAGUCCGGAGCUGGAGUCCGGCUCGCUCCCUGCCGAGCCGGUACCACAGAGGGUGCCGCUGCACCACCACGUCAAGUCCUCCAAGAGCAUGGACCUGGGUAAGGCACGGGAAGCGCCUCAGAGAGCAGACACUGAUCCAGGACCAGUCUCUGCGCCGCAUAGACACACACAGGAGAAUCAUGGGAAGGAGCUGGGCCCGACUCUGGGACUGAUAAAGUCCAGCUCUCUGGAGAGCCUCCAGACGGCCCUGUCGGAGGCGGGGAAGAGCCAGCUGCCCUUCCACCGCCCGCGGGCCCCCAUGGGGCGGGGGCGCGGCUGCAACGAGAGCUUCCGCGCCGCCAUCGACAAGUCCUACGACGGCCCGCCGGAGCUCGACGACGACGACCUCUCGGACCCGAGUUCGGGGAGGGACACGCCCGCCAGCGGGUCCUCCAGGCAGGGGAUGGGCGACGCGGAAGAGGGCAAGAAGGACAAGAAGAAGAAGGCUAAAGGCAAGAAGAAAGAGAAGCAGAAAGGCAAAGGGAAGGACAAAGACAAAAAGAAGAUGGAAGAAGCUGAGAAGCAAGACAAGAAGGCGCCAAAGAAAGGGUUUGGAUUGCUGAGGUUUGGGAAGAAGAAGGAUGAGAAGGUGAAGGCGGAGGCCAAGGCGUCCCUGCAGAAGCAGAAGUCCGAGGUGCUGAGCGAGGAGGAGCUGGAGAAGAUGAAGGAGGAGAGAGAGAGGAUCGAGGCCAAACACCAGGAGCUGAGAGAGAGGCAGGCGAGGGACCACCUCCCUGACGUGGAGGACGACGACAUGGAUCCCAACUACGCGCGCAUCAACAACUUCCGCAACCCGUCCCCCCCCACCCACGCCCCCUACAGGACCCGCACGCCGUCCCCCCGGCGCCCCCCACCCCUCGCCUCUCACGGCCCGGAGCCAUCCGCGGAGGAGCCCAGUGACGGACUGUACGCCAAGGUCAAUAAGCAGCGACCCCCACCUGCAGCGGCGGCAGACAGCAGCAUGGACCGGAUCCAGCAGCUGAGGAGGGAGUACCAGCAGGCCCGGCGAGACGGAGCCGCACCCUCCUACGAGGAACUGGAGGCCCGGCGCCGGGGCCAGGAGUACGACCCGCACCGGAUGGCGGUACGGCCGCACGAGAUCCGGCAUGCGCCGCGAUACGAGGACGUGGAGCGACAGUACGCCUCCCUGCCCAGGCGCGGGCCGACGGAUCCGAACGAUUACCUUCCCCCGUCAUGGACUGGGGCCAGGGACCCCGUUCCCUACCCCACCUCCAAGCCCGGAUACCCCAACUACCCCCCCAGGGAUAACUACCCCCGAGGGGAGCGCAGAGGCGUGGACCCCAGGCAGGGCGACCCUGGGUACUACCCCCCGCCCCCCCAGCACAGGGGCCCCGUGCGGCAGGACGUACCCCCGUCCCCCACCCUCCCUCUCCGCGCGCCCCGCUACAACACCAUGACCCGCGUGCCGUACCGCGGCGGCAGCCCGGAGCGCUACGCCUACACCGACGGGCGUCGCCCCGACCCCCGGCAGAAGAGCCCCGUGACCGCGGCGGUAUAGAGCGGGGUCGAGACCCGCCAGGACCUCAAACCUAAUACCUACAGCUUUAACCGCACAUGCACGAGCAAAAAUAACUCCUGUGCCCAUGUGUAUCCCUGAGUCUGUGUGCAAGCGAGCACAGCACUCCAUGUUGUGUCUCCGAGCGGUCUGUGAACUGUAGGGGGGCGAGCUUUCAUCCCCCCCCCUCCUCGUUCACAGCUGUCUUU